CUUCCUCCACACAACCAUUGACUGUUGGCAUGCCUGUGACAAUCGAGGAUUUGGAACGGGCCAUUCGAGCUGCAUUUCCUGUGUCCCAUCUCGACAUCGAGGAUCAGUCGAGUGGGUGUGGAUCCAGCUAUGCAAUUCUCUUGGUUAGUGAGGCCUUUGAGGGAAAGACUACUCUUGCAAGACAUAGAUUAAUCAACCAGGCACUGAAGCAAGAAAUAUCGCAGCUGCACGCAUUUUCUCAGAAAUCCUUUACGCCAGCGCAAUACGCUGUGCACCAAGCGAAAAGUGGUUGACUUGUGGAGUACUUUUGCAACAGCACAAUAGUGGUGUUUUGCCGGAAAUUAUUAGACGGGCGACAACUGGCAUGUUUUUUAGUUCAAGCGGGGAAUGUGGCUAGUAAUACUGAAAUCAACGCUUCAAGCGUGGCCUUUA